AAGGCAUUGAGGAGGAAGAGGAAAUUAAGGAAAUUGAAGGAAUGAAAUUAACGAAGGGAAAAUCAGAUACCGUGUGCAAACAAUUUUUGGGUGAUUCAGAGAAAGAUUCUUCUUCGGGUACGGAUUCGGAUACUGUAUCAAUUGGUUUUGAUCAUAUGCGUUCACUUAUGAGCAGGUUAGUAAAUUCCUACAGUGAUGGCUUUUUAUCAGAUGAUGACUUUGGAGGUGGUUUAGAGCUUGAUCCUUUGAAUACUGAUAUUGAUCCAGAGUUAAAAAAUCUUGAAAUGUCUGAAGAAAAUCUUGAAUCUGAGGAUUUUGAGGAUAGUGAUAGUGAUUUAGUGGAAGAGUUAGGGAAAUUAGAACAAGAGGAACAGAAAAAUGAUUUACUAUUUUUAUCUCAGAAUGAUUUUGAUGAAGAUUUGGGCAUGGUUAAAAAUGUAGAAUUUGUUACAGAAGAUGACAAGUUAAUAGUAAAUGGUCCACAAGAGUCUGAAAAUCUCAAGUCAACAAAUACAGCUAUUGUUGAUUCUUCUGGGGAUGCAAACAAAUUAGAGUCCCUAUGGGAACAUCAAGAAUUGAUUGAACAAUUAAAGAUGGAAAUUCGAAAAGUCAGAGCCACGGGUCUGCCUACUAUUUUGGAAGAAUCUGAGUCUCCAACAAUGGACGAAUUACAACCAUGGAAGAUUGAUGAAAUGCUUCAUCGUGAAGAUUGCAUGAGCGAACUUCACAAAUUUUACAAGAGUUAUCGAGAGAAAAUGCGAAAAUUUGAUAUCUUGACGUAUCAGAAGAUGUAUGCAAUAGGUUAUCUGCAGAAAGAUCCGCAAAAAGACCCGUUGCAAUUACUCUUCAAUCAGAAAUCUUCAGGUCCAACACUAAAAUCCCUUCUCUCACAAAAUAUUAGGAUAUUCAAACAUAAAAGUCAUGACAUUGACCCAAUGGUAAAGUUUAUCAAAGAAUUGCAGAGUGAUUUGGAAGUGGUAUACGUUGGACAGAUGUGCCUUUCUUGGGAAUUUUUACAUUGGCAAUAUAUGAAGGCUUUAAAUUUGUGGGAUUCUGACCCGCGUGGUAUCCGAAAAUAUAAUGAAGUUGCUGGAGAGUUUCAACAGUUUCAAGUGCUAAUGCAAAGAUUUAUAGAAAAUGAACCUUUUCAAGGGCCUAGAGUUCAAUAUUUUAUCAAGAGUCGAUAUGACCUUCGUAAUCUUCUACAAGUUCCUGUUAUUAGAGAUGACAGAGUGAAAGACAGAAACAAGGCAAGAACAAGAGAGAAAGGUGACUAUUCAAUUAGAAGUGACGAGCUAGUGGAGAUACUGGAAGAAUCAAUACGAAUAUUUUGGCGCUUUGUCAGAGCUGAUAAAGAUUGCUAUAGUGUGAUGGCGAAAGGUCAAAAGGGAAUUCAUCCAGAUGUUCAAGAACUGGAGGACUUAGAGCUUUUACAGGAGACUAGAAAAAAUCUUGAAAAGAAGGAGAAGAAACUGCAGGAAGUUUUGAGAAGUGGAAAUUGCAUAUUGAGGAAGUUCAGGAAGAACAGAGAAGAGGAUUCAGAUCAUGUGCUCUAUUUUUUCUCUCAAGUAAACAUGAAAUUAGUCUCUAGGGUCCUCAACAUGUCGAGGCUAACCAAAGAUCAACUAGUAUGGUGUCACAAUAAAUUAAGCAGGAUUAGUUUUGCACAUAGGAAAAUACAUGUAGAGCCAUCUUUUUUGCUAUUCCCUUGUUAAUACUAGUC